AGUAGCUGGUGGACGCAGACUCCUGACGACGGCUCAACAUCAUAUGGAGGCGGUCGCAGAAAAAGUCAAGAAACUACAGGGUAACUCUGCUGCCCUGUUGCCACGACCACCAGCACCAGCUACAAGGAAACCUGUAGUAGCACCUCUCACUCCAGCUCCUCCUCCAAAACCCUCCCUACCAAAGAAGAGAGCAACUCAUGGGAGGUCUGUGCGGCCUGCAAAGACAGUCAGCAGGGACCAGAGGACAGAUGUUACCUGCAGCUUCCAGACAGCAGAAAGUCAGAAUCAGGACGAUCUGCAGCCGCUCUCUAACCCUGCAGAGAGUCUGUCUCUGUGCUUCAAACAGCUCAGCUCAGAUGACUGGAUGACGAAGGUUAAAGGGCUGCGAUGCAUCCCAGCUCUGGCGCAACACCACCCAGACACACUAAUGCCGAAACUGCAUGAAGUCUGUCUGGUUGUGAUAGAAGAGGUUAAAAACCUACGCCCCUCAGUGGCUUGUGCAGCCAUGGACACCAUCCGCUGUCUUUAUGUCCACCUACAGAAGGGCAUGGACACUGAGGCAAAUUGGACAGGUCAGGCUCUGCUGCUGAAAAUCUCACAGGCGUGUGGAAAUGCCUUUCUCCAGCAGCAGGCCAGUGAGGCCUUGGAGGCUCUGGUGCAGAAUUGCAGCCCUGGUCGAGUGCUGCCUGUUCUGCUGAAUACAGGGCAGAGCCACCUGAGCCCUGCAGUAAGAGCCAGCACUGCUCGUCUGCUCCACCUGCUGGCUGACAGACUGGGAGCGACUAAAGUCCUGACAGCAAGGCAGAGCUUCACCCAGCGCUUCCUCACUGCUGUCAGUAAGAUGUCUCUGGAUGCUGCUGCUGAAGUCAGGCCUCAUGGACGUGCCAUCCUUCAGAAACUGGCCCUCCACAGGGACUUCAUGAAGCUGUGGCAGAAAAAUGUGGCGGAAAAAGAUCGCCACUCACUGGAGAAGGUCCUGAGGAAUGUGGUGAAGAAUAUCAAAAUCCAUAUAUGAAUCCAGGGUGUUGUUCACCACACAGGACAACAA